AUGGUCUCCAUGAAAAAUCCUUGUGUUCUUGUUUUUCUAUGUCAUUUAGCUUUCAUUUCUUCGGUUACUUCAACAGGGAAUUGUUCGUCAGGAACCAUUGAUGGUUCCGAAACAUGGGGAUACGUUGAAGUUCGCCCAGGUGCGCAUAUGUUUUGGUGGCUGUAUAAAAGUCCUAAUAAACCCAAACAACCAACCAAACCAUGGCCAACCAUUCUCUGGCUCCAUGGAAUCCCGGAUGAGUCCGCAGCUGGCAACGGAAAUUUUGGAGCAAUCGGGCCCUUGGAUGUUGACUUGAAGUCAAGAAACUCGACAUGGCUUCAGAAGGCUGAUCUCUUAUUUGUGGAUAGCCCGGUUGGGACCGGGUAUAGUUAUGUGGAAGAUGGGAGCUUGUUUGUUAAUACCGACUUAGAAGCAGCAACAGAUGUAAUCACAUUGUUGAAGGAGAUCUACAACGGAAAUAAGACCAUUGAAUCGCGUUCACUAUACAUUUUUGCAGAAUCCUAUGGAGGUAAAUCUGCUGUCCCCACUGCACUUGCCAUUCUACAAGCCAUCAAAAAUGGAGAACUCAAUCUUCAACUUGAAGGUGUUGCACUGGGCGAUAGUUGGAUCUCUGCAGAAGAUUAUGUGCUUUCAUGGGGUCCAUUACUUAAAGACGUCUCGAGGAUUGACGAUGUUGCUUUGAACCGAUCUAAUAGCAUCGCCUUAAAGAUUCAGCAGCAUAUAGCAGAUGGACAGUACGAAGAAGCCGCAUAUUCAUGGUUCGAUCUCAUGAAAGACAUUUAUGAAAGUAGCAAUAAUGUGGAUUUCUUCAACUUUAUGUUGGACGAUGGAUACACUGAUCAGACCUCUUUGAAGACAAAAGCAUCGAGAAUAUUGGGAAAGAAAUCUUAUGACAUGGUCUCAGAAGCCAAUGCAACUGACCUUUAUUCCGUAAUGAAUAAUCAGAUCAGACAGAAGCUCAAGAUUAUUCCCUCUGACCUAGAAUGGGGAGAGCAAGAUGUUUAUGCGUAUUUUUCCAUGGUAUACGAGUACAUGAGACCCAGAAUCGCAGAGGUUGAUGAGCUUUUGUUGACGGGUGUAAAUGUGACUGUAUUCAAUGGUCAGCUUGAUCUAGUAUGUGCAACAAAAGGGACAGAAGCAUGGAUCAAAAAACUAAAGUGGGAUGGUUUGUCGGAAUACAUGAACCUGAAUAGGACUCCAUUGUACUGCGGUGAAGAUAAGAGCACCACCAAAGGUUUCUACAAGUCAUAUCAGAACUUUGCAUUCUAUUGGAUUCUUGGGGCUGGACAUUAUGUUCCGGUGGAUCAACCUCUAAUUUCUCUAGAAAUGGUGGAUGGUAUCGUGAAUACACCUAAGUUGUAAACGUUGAUUGUCUAUCCAUGGCGGGGAGAUCUCAUUCUUGGAUUGAACCAGAAACUGAAUAAUAAUAAUCAUGCAAUUGAAUGUAAUAAGUGAACUUAUAAAAGACAAUAUGUUUUACCAAUUAGGUUAUUAAUAAUCAAAUAAAAAAUUUAGUCGGUGCUUGGAAAUUUUUGAAUCUAUACCAAAUCAUGAAAUAAUUUAAGUAAAAUGAAGACGAAAUAUAUCAUGAAAUCAAAGUAAAA